CAUGAAAACCGAUUUUCGAAAAAUCAAAAAUGCAGUUGCAACGCCAGCAGGCUGUCUGGUACUCAUUAAAAAAACGGUUUUAAAAAAUCGAUUAUUUUAUGUUUAUCUGUAGAAACACACCCUUAAAUUGAGACUAGCCUAGCUAGCUAAGGCCGACUGUUUUCCCAUCACCAGUAUUCAAGGCCCUACCUACUUUUAAUGAGAGGGCCUAUAAAUAAGCAUUUUCUUGAUUUCUAUCUCCAGGAGGAAUAAUGAUUUCCUGGAACUCAAGUAAAGAAGUAGUAAGUAAGAACAGAGUGUCAACAUGUGUGUAUAAAGUAAAUGUACAGUAAAACUUUGAUCCUAAAGCCCGCCUGCCCUACCUUCUGGAUACCAUCCCUGAUAUAUCGUCGUCAGAAAUUAUGGAAAGCAUUAUCAUGACAACAGAUAUAUUACUUGCCCCAGUGACAGCAUUAAUGUUCAGUGGUCAGUUGCUACUUGCAGGUGAAGGCCCAAAUCUUCAUGUUUAUGACACAAAGUCACAGAAGAAAAUUGCAUCUAAAAAGAUAUUCGCAAGCCAAAGAAUUCACGGCAUACAUCAUGAUAAAGAGAAAUAUUUUGUGGUAUUCGGACAAAAAGUAUUCUGCAUCUUUUCUGUCUUAUGGAAACCUGCAAUAGGGAUUUCUUGUAGUAUUCAAUUUGAGAUGGAUGUUCUUGAAGUGAGUGACUGGAUAUGGGACAUCCAGUUUUUAAUCAAUAGCAGCCAUAUUGCUGUAGCAUUAGGCCAUAACUCCAUUGAAUUAUGGGAUUGGAGAGAAAGGGUUCUUCUCGAGGACAUGCACUGCGAAGAGAAAUGCAUCUUAUAUUGUGCAAGUUUUUUCAACAGCAGUUGGUCAAAUUUAGUCUUAUUUGCUGGUACAGUGUUUAAUCAAGUGUUACUAUGGCGACCCUGUGGAAUAAAGAACCAAGAGGGUAGAGUUAUACCUGACCUCAGGUGUACUGGUCAUGAGGGUGUGAUUUUCAAUGUGCAAUAUAGUUUGAUUCAUAAAGUUCUUUGUUCGGUAUCGGAUGAUCGCAGCAUCAGAUUGUGGAGUAUUGGAUCACCGGAGUGUCCAUCAAGACCAAUAUUGACUGAUGCUGAUCUAGUUCUGUACGGCCAUAGUGCUCGGGUUUGGGCUGUCAGACUCAUCAAGAAUAAUAUCAUUAGCAUUGGAGAGGAUGCAACUUGUAUUGUGUGGGAUUAUGAGGGCAAGAUUCUACAAAACUUCAAGGGUCAUAAGGGUCGUAGUAUUUGGAGUUUAACAGUUGACCAAGAAGAAAAAGUAAUUGCAACCGGAGGUGGAGAUAGCAGCAUACGUCUGUGGUUUCUAGAUGAGGCGUCACAAAUUGAUACUGUGGUGGAGUGUGUAGAUUUGCAAGGUUAUAUGAAGACCCAUGAUGGAUUUGUUAAGGAGGACUUUGCUAGGUCUGUAAUGUUGACAAAUAGUGGGGAAGUAAUUACUAUGACUAAUGCAGGAUACCUGCUCGGUUACCACCUCCAAAAUAAACUGUGGAGAACGAUCUUCUGUGAUGAAAGAUUCCAGUCUUACGGAAUCACUUCCUUGUCACCAUCACAUCAAAUGGUUGCCCUUGGUAAUAUUCAUGGAGACAUAAGAAUUGUGGAUCUCAGUUGUCCAGAUAGUUCACAGUGUUUAAAUGCAUUUGAGAGUAAAGUACUUGGACUAUGUUGGGCUGAGGAUCAACAUCUUUUCUCAUCAGGACCAGAGGGUCAACUGAUUCUGUGGGAUGUUAGUAUGACUGCAAAUAAUCUAACAGCAAAGAAAUUGAUGAUGUUUAUCUUGCCAGAAUCGAGGCAACGCUGGAUUACAACAGCUGUUAGACUUCCACAAGGAAAAGGAUUCUUAUGCGGAGAUAAGCGUGGUUCACUACAUCACUUUGUUUGCUCAAAUAGUGAAAUUCACCAGCCAAUUUUUCCUGUCACAACUUUACGAGGUGUUCAUGGAAAAGUUGGUGUGACGGAUAUCUGCUGCCACGAGGAUCACAUUUACAGCACUGGACGAGAUGGUACCUGCAAAGAGUACGACCUCAGUGGCGGUGUUCUACAAAUAAUGAAUACUAACAGAAUUUACAAAGGUUUUGAAUGGAUUGAAAAAUUGAUCAUUAAAGAAAAUGGUGAAAUUCAAGUUUUAGGAUUCCAUACGUCACAAUUUGUUGUCUGGUCAGUGACCCAGAAUCAAAAGCUAUUCCAGGUGAAAUGUGGUGGAGGUCAUCGAAGUUGGGGGUUCGCUGAGCCCGACAAUACAGCCUGCUUGGCCUAUAUCAAAGCCAAGGAUGUGUUUAUAUGCAAACAGUCAGUACUUCGGAAGCAACACAUACUCAAGAAUAGUUUGCAUGGGAGAGAGCUGACGUGUGCAAAAUUUCUUGGUAGAAUCAAUGUAAAAGGUGAAUCUUAUCUGCUUGUUGCAACAGGAAGUGAGGACACAACAGUGAACAUUGUAGCAAUAGAUUGUAGAACAUCUGAAGCAGCUGUUGUUAAGACAUUGCAAGAUCAUGUGUCUAGUGUGCGAGACUUUGCCACAUGUGAAUCUCAUACCGGUCACAUGACUAAAAUGCAGGCUGGGGAAUCAAAAAGUAUGGACAGCCAAAGAUGUCAGAAUGAGAAAGGAGAUGAGCAGAAGUCCGUAUUGUUAUUCUCAGUAGGAGGCAGAUGCAGUAUCAAAUGUUGGAAACUUUUCGUGCAAAAUAAUGCAGAGAACUUGUCAUCCGCAUGUACAGUUUCUCUGCUUGCAUCUUAUGGGACACUUGAAACAAAUCAACGGCGUAAACGACUUAAACGUGGACAGCCACUUGAUCCUGACACACGCUACAUGGCACUUCAAGUUUUGUCCGCACAUGAUUUAAAUAAAUCACUCCCUCAUCAUGUUGAAUUUUUAACGAUUGCGGCAUCUGAUGGAGUCGUACGGGUGUUUACUUUUGACGAAAUGCAGAAAACAAUUGAAAUGAUAUGGUCAUCAGGAUGGCAUGAUGUUUGUCUGCUAUCUCUCACACACAUUAUACAUAAACUACCAGAGGGAAAUGCUGCUCUUGUCUGCUCAGCAGGGACAGAUGGGAGAGUGGCAUUGUGGGAUAUCACCAGAUUAAUUUAUGAUUACUUCGGGAUGGUUGAUGAGGACCAAUCAUUAAACACUGAUAGUUUGCUACAUAGAGAAGAUUUUAAUGUUGUACAAGGUAGAAUUUUCUCCAAGGAAUUAGAAUCAACUGUUCAUUUGCUUAAAGAGGAAGAUGAUAAGACAGUGACAGAUUUUGCAGGUUCUUCUAGAUCUGAUAAUGAGAAGCUUUCACAGAAAUAUGGAAAUAUUAGCGAGGAUGUACCUAAUAUUGCUCAAAUUGAUCAAAAACAAUUGCAGUUGUCUGGGGCAUCAAAUCUUGAUGAACACAAUCAAGACAAUGUUGCACCUGUCUUUUGGAUGAAAAUACACCAAUCAGGGAUUAAUGCUAUUGAUCUGACCAAAAAAGACUCUGGAUACUUAAUAAUAACUGGUGGAGAUGACAAUGCAAUUCAUGUUACUAAUUUGAAGGUCGAAGUUCAAACAGCUGCACACAUGCAUUUUCAAGUUGGCGAUCCAUGUAGUGCUCCCUCAGCCCAUGCCACUCACAUUUCAGGUCUAAAGUUUCUGGAUGAGCAAACAUUCAUAUCAUCUUCCAUUGAUCAACGUCUGAAUACUUGGAAAAUUUGCCACAAUAAUAUAGAUCUAAUUGGGUCUGAAUUCACACAUGUUGCUGAUACAUCAGGAUUAGACACAAUACUAAUAGAAGGCAAAAUUCAUAUAUUAAUUCCUGGUCAAGGCCUACAGCUGCUUAACACACCUUACAAGAUGGAAGCAUCUAGCUAACCAAAUCUGAAAUGAACAUAAAUAAUUAUUUUAAAUGCAUUCAGGAACCAGAUAGUGGUAUGAAAUAUGGAUAAUUUAAAAUAUGUUCUGCUAUCAGUAUAAAGCAGUCAGUCAGUUUCACCUAACAGUCAGUCAGUUUCACCUAGCUGUCGAAUAUUCUUUUCCUGGCGGAAAAGCCAUUGUUUUUGUUUUUACACAGGGUUUUUCUGUCCGCAACUUAACGUUACCUUCCAUUCUUGGAUUUUCUUCAAACUUCGUUCAAGCAAAGACCAUAUGUCAAAGAUGUGCAUAGUAAAAUAUGAUAUCUACCUAUUUUGAAUAUUGAUAAAUGGGUAAUUAAGCUUUUAUGUUAACACAACUUGUGUUCCCUAAAGUGUUUCAUACUAGCUACAGCUAAGUUAAUCAAAAUCACAGUGAAAUACAUAAACAAUUUUCUCCCUCAACCUGUGAAAUUAUGCAACCUAGGUUAAGUAUAAAUGCACUGACCUAGCAAGGUUGGGUUGUAUGGUGCAAUGGUUAGAAAUUUCCACAUCACCCUCACUGUUGCCAUUGCAGUAAUUUCGUUCAGGUCUCACUGACGUUUAGGUGGUUUUCUUUCUUUUUUUCAUAAACUUUUUUUCAAUGUGUAUUUUUUUAUAUUUUUACUUAUAAUGUCGUUAUUAACUUUUUAACUUUAUAAUUUUAACAUCAGUUCUCAUUAUGGCAAUGAGGGAAAGUCCUAUGUUCUGUUUUACAAACACAAAUAUGUUGGUUUUGUGGCACAAUUGGAAUGUUGUCCAAUCUUGUUGAGGAGGAUGAUGAUGAUUUUGUUGUCAAAGGAAUAAAUAAUAAUAAUAAUAAUGCAUUUAUAAUGCACCAUCUAUCUAGGUAAACCUAUUCCGAGGCACACACAAACAUACUAAACAUGGAAAUAAAAAAUUUUAAAAAAAUUAUAAAAGUACAAUGAUAAAAACAAUUAAUGAUUAAAAGCAACUUGAAAUAAAUGUGUUUUAAAAACAUCAACCGAACUGCAUCUGUGGGUUUCAAUUGGUAAUGCAUUCCAGAGCCUGCGUGCUGCUACAUAGAAUGCGCGAUCACCGUAUGAAGAUGCAGUCCUAGGUACAGUUAAUAGGUAAAUACUGUAGUGUAUAUGGUCUACCAUUUUCUAUUAUAAUUUGAAUACGGCAAACACCAUUCCUAUUAAUUGUUCUGUUGCAAACACCUAUAAAAAUAGCAUUGCAGUACCUGCUACUACUUGGGGAUCGGAUUUAACACAUGCGCAAGCUCGAAAGGUCUACUGAUUAUGACAUCAGUCUAGUUAUCUGUAGGUCCUGGGUUCGAUUCCCCCCAAAUCACUGGCAAGAUUUUUUUUGCAAGUAUUUGGGAACGUGCUGAGCAUACAGUAAGAUAAAUUCUCAGGUGAUAAUAUCUCAGGUAGGGAAAAACAAAAUUCCCAUUAAGUUUCCUGACGCAAACAUCGAAAAUCUCAGUUUUUAUUUACUAUUCUCAACAGUUACUGUACCAUAAAUGAUACAAUAAAUGCCGCUCUAGAAUAUGGGCCAAGGCGUUAA